UACCCUACCCUACCCCUAAAGGUACCCCAUCCUAAUAGUCUAUUUCACUCUCCAUCCUUUCAACUAUCUCCACUUAAAGAGUAAUAAUCAACUAACUUAAAAAACGUAAUCGGAAAUCGAAAAUUGCAUACUAAUUCCGUUGUUAAUUAAAAAGAUAAAGUUGUCAGUACGAUAACUCAGAGUUAGAACUGAUAUUAUUCUUAAAACUAGAAAGACGAGAUUUGGUAAGGAUAUGCAUAUUAAUUAGGUACGUCUUUAAAGAGGAAAAAAUAAAAAUGGAAAAAAAAAUUUUUGGGAUUAAAGUGGUAACUUAAUCUACGGAACCCUACACUGCGCGAGGCCCUACACGCACUUGGCCAGUUUUUGUCUAUGACAUAGGUAGAUCAUAUUAUUUUGUCCCUAACGCCAACGGUCGCAGUGAAAUUGAUUUGAGGCACAGCGGACUGAGCUGAUCCAGUGCAAUUAUAAUUAAUUUGAGUUUAUUUUUUAGUUAAAAUGCCUAGCAACCUUGUAAGGCAGACUCAUAACGUACUUCAUACUGAAGAACAGAUGGCUAUCGCUCAAAAUUAAAUAAACGAGGCUAAACUAAACAACUAAGUAAUAUGUAAACCUUAACCCUGACACUUUCACCACAAUGUAAAAUUAGUACCAAAAUGUUUGUUGUAACAUACUAUACAACUGAUUUUUUUUUUAUGUUCAGCUAGGCUAUUCUGUAAAUAUAUUUUUAUAACUCGCAAGUGCGAGUUUCGAAUUUACCUCUAUCUCUCUCUGUUUAACACGAUACUAUAGAAUGAGAAAGAUAGCCGUGAAUUCGAAGCUCGCAUUUGCGAGUUAUACAAAACAUCGUUAGAGAAUAGUCGUACAGGUGUGGAUACAUUAUAAUUAAACAAUGAAAAUAGGUACCUAAUUUUCAAAUUUAUUAAAAUUUGAACUUGUAGUCAAGAUAUCUCUAUAAUCUCUAUCUAUCUAUCUCUAUAAAUUAUCACAGAAAAUACUUCAAAGAACUCUGUGACGAAUGAAUUUCUGAAUGUAUAUACAUAUAGAACAAAAUAGCGAAUAUUCGAAAAACAAAAUUAAAAGUUUUUAUUUUUAAAUUAAAAAGCUGUGGUAUGCAAUUUUGAAUUAUUAGAGACUGACUGAAGAAGUUUGUGAUUUUUUAGAUUUCUUUUUAAAUUUACUUGCUAUAGAAACUUUAUUAAAGAAGUAACCAUUUGAUUUAUUUUUUUUACUGAAUUGUUGAUAAUGUUGCUACUACUAAAAUUAACUGUUUAGGUUACCAUACCCAAUCAUUUUAAGUUUUUUGCUUGUGACAAUGGAUAAUGUUCACUAUUCUUAAAUGUUAGCUUUCUGUAUUCUCCGUUCAAAACAAAAAAAUACUCGUGAAAGAAUUAUUUCGAUACGUUAAUUAAUUCAAAGAUUCAUUAUUUUGCCAUAAACUUUAGAACAACACUACCUGAAAAAAAAGUGAUUCACUGUUAACCAUUCUCCAUAUGCAUUUUAUUCAAUAUACAAGUGAAAUGAAGGUUGAACAAAAGUGUUAUAGGUGAUUGAUUCGAUUUUCUCGGUGGACCUUAGCAAAAGUUUUAAGAUGACUAGCUGAAUGUAAGUGUACCGCAAAGCAUUAUAAAAAAAAAACAUACAAGUGUCAACUGUAAAAUGUCACUGUCAAGACUGUCAAGUGUCAACGUCAAGUGCAUAUGUUUGAUUUAAAAUUGUUUGAAAUGAAAAUAUUGAAACUGAAAUUUGAAUUAUUUAUUAUUAACUAAAUGUAGUAAAAUAAAACGUUUAACUUUACUAAAUUACAACGUAAUUUUAGUAUUUUCACUAUUUCUCACAUACCCUAUGGAAUAGGUCCAAUACUUUCAAAUAACAGUCAAGUGGCUAAUAGAUCCAAUGAGAAUAGGUUAUAAUAAAUAUACUACUUUUGAGGUUUUCGACAAUGAAUUCCAAUGUGCUUAGAAUUAGCGGUGGCGAUAACAAGGCCACAAAAGGCGGCAUUGCUUUUGAUGAAGUAAUUCUACCAGAAAAUUAUGAAAGUGACAAUGAACUUUGCAAGAAAUUCAUUACUUCAAAUGCUGAAGGCCAGUUAGCAGUAUUGAAACAGAUUUUGUGUACUGUCAAAGAGAACUGCGUGCAUGAUAUAGUACAUUUUCUUGUUAUUGCCUACUUGAACGCUGACUUGAAGCAUCCAGUUAAGUCUAUGAUCUCAAGAUAUGUAACCAGAAACAGCUUUGUACAGUCUGAAUUUUGUGGUAUACUCACUAAGGAGUUAGAGGCUCUUGUAACUAAAAAACAUUAUGGACUCAAAAGUUACUUGGAUUUAGUGUGCAAAGUGGGUAGUUGCACAGAAAACUUCCCAGUGGGAGCAGAUGCUGUGAAGAAUGUAGAGAUACUAUUAGCUGAGUGUCUUACAGAUUGUCUGUCAUUUUGUGGUAAAUCCAGUAAAACAGUUUUAUCGCCUACUGAAAAGAAUGCAAUAUUCAACCUAGCACAUUCCACGUUAAGACUUCUCCUUUAUUUGAUUCAAAGAGUCAAGGACGACAAUGCAUCAAAAUUGAUCUCUAUGUUCAAAGGCAUAAGAACUCAUCUGAAUAGUCUGAUAUUUGAUGCUGAUGCACCUAUGGAUACUAAAUCAGUAUGUGGUAUACUGUAUGUUAGUAUGCAUGAGAUGGAAAAUUGGCCUGAUUCUUGGAUUGAUAUAUUAGAUGCAGAUAAAGUCGGAUAUCUCCAUGAUAUACUACAGAACGAGUCGGCAAAGCUUAGCCUGUACUCUGCGAUUGCGACCGUGAUACCCGCGCCCAAGCUGCACUGUAUGACAGUUUCUGGUACGCCCGCCGCCGUGCUACUUACUGACAAAAUACUUGAUAUUGGAGAGAGAAACUCCGCCGAUUCAACAAUCAGUCUCGGCGUGACGCGGACAGUGCUGCAGAUGUGCAAAGGCUUGGAGCAGACGCACGACGUGCCGCCGCGCACCGCGCGGUUGCUCCUGGACGCGCUGCUGCCGUUCGUGUGGCCGCACCUCGACCACCACACCGACAGCGUGCGGCACCUCACGGCGCAGGCGUUGGCACACAUCGUCACGUACUGCUCCAGAAGGCCGACAGAGGACGCCGUGGAGGCAGCGAUAGGCGAGCUGGUGGCGGCGCUGGCGCGCAUGCCGCGCAGCAAGGGCUUCUACGUGGGCGUGACGUGCGUGCUGCGGGCGGCGGGCGCGCAGGUGCUGCAGGCCUGGCCGCGCCUCGGCGACGAGCUGCUGGCCGCGCUCGGCGACCAGGCGGUGCAGGCCAGUGCGGCAAGUGCCCUGGAGACGCUGCUCCGCUCGCACGCGCGCUGCGGCAGUGACGUCAUCAUCAAGCGCUGGGUCACGCCGCUCAUAGCGCACGCGGUGCGCCACGAGCUGCACGCCGCUCAACUCAGUAUACUGGAGAAUCUGCUCUGUUUCGCCGCCAAGAUGGACCCGGCAAUUAUGGAACACAUCCUGCGGUACAUAAAGCUAGUGUGCUCGUUGGAGGCGCAGAGGCUGCACGGGGAGAUGAAGAGCGUGCUGAUGCUGCUGCGCGUGGCGCGGGCGGCGGGCGCGCUGCGGCGGCUGGCGGGCGCGGCGCCGGCGAGCGCGCGCUGGCAGGGCGUGCUGGACUACGCGGUGCUCAGCAUGGCCGCCGUCGACGCGUCGCAACAGAUUCGCAUAUUAGCCCUGUCUCUGGUGGUGGAGUCUCAGAAGUCGACGGAGCCGUUCACGGGCGAGGAGCUCGACUUCGUGCUGUGGUUCAUGCAGUACAACAUCAACUCGCGCGUGCCCAACUUCAGGCAACACGUGCUGGCGCUUGUCAAAAAAUUACUAAAACGCCUAGAGAACAGUGACAAAGUUCUGCUGCGCAAUAAUGGUACUAGUGACGGUGAUGAUAAGGGUCAUUUGGAUUACCUGAGCUUCAUCGGCAAGUUCCGUAGCCUGUGCUACGAGAGCCUGGUGGUGGGCGCCAACUACAGCCGACGCCACGUCGCCUUGCAGGUGCUGGUGUGGCUGGAGGACUUGCACGUGCGUGACUACUCCGGCAGUGUGUGGACGGAGAGCGCCGUGGGCACACUGCUGCACCACCUCGGGGACAGCUACGAGACCAACAAAGCGCUGGCGCUGCUACUGUUGGAGCGAACUCCGGCAACAUUUUUGAGGGACAAGUUCCCCGCAAGUCUUGACCUGUCAGCCAUCCUGGCCGAGGCGUCGUCCGUGAAGCCCACGGACUGCGCGACGGCGGCCUACAAGCUGCAGCUGCUGCGGACCAAGAUGGUGGAGCGGCAGGGGCAAGACAGCACGAUGGCGAGUGAAGUGAAAUUCGGACUGUUGCGCCAACUGCUGGAGGAGGCGAAGAAGCAGCUGCAGGUGUGCCAGCAGAGCCUGGUGCUGGGCGCCCGCAGCGCGCCCAUGUACGGCGUGCUGCACUGCAUCGCCAGCACGCUGGAGCCCGCCGAGCCUUUCGGUAUCAGCACGGAAUGUUUGACCGAAUUCAUAGACGAGCUGGUGACCACUUGCGUGCAAGUGUGCGAGUGUGCCGGCGCGGUGCUGUCCAGUGCGGCGCCGGAGGGACUCCUGCCGGAUGUCACUCCUGACACCGCCACGUGUGACGCAGCCGGGGGUCACAUACGCCUCGAGGACGGCAGAGAGGUCACCGCUCAGAUGGUCCUGUUGUGUGCUUGGAGGUCUGUUAAAGAGGUGUCACAAAUCCUCGGUACGUUAGGCAAUCAACUGAUCGUGCACGAAGAGAUCGAACCCGAGACCCGCCGCGCGCUGGUGGAGAGGAUCGGCAAGCUGUUCACAGAGCUGCUGACGGAGACCAAGCACAGGGGUGCCUUCGAACAGGUUUACGUCGGAUUCACCAGGCUGUUGAGCAGCCUGUGGCGCACUCCGCUGCCACAGCUCAACGCGCUGCCGAAGCGCUGGCUGCGCGAGCUCAUGGCGACCAUCGAGUGCGGUGACGUGCACGAGCGGCUGUGCGCCACGCGCCGCAGCGCCGGCCUGCCCUUCAUGAUACAGGCGCUAGUGAUCACGGAGUUGCAAGUGAAAGUGAACACGAAGAGCUUCGACCGCUGCAUGCAGUCGCUGCUGCGCGUGGCGCGCGCGGCGCCCGGCCUCGACACGCGCUGCCACUGCCUCAACACGCUGCGCGCGCUGUACCGCAGCGCGGCGCUGGACGCGGCCGUGGGCGCGCACGUGGGCGCCGGCCUCGUGGUCGCGCUGCUGGGCUUCGACAGCGGCGCCUGGCUCGAGCGCAACUCGGCGACGCUGCUGUUCAGCGCGCUGAUGGUGCGCGUGUUCGGCGUGCAGCGCUCGCGCGACGCGGAGCGGCUGUGCGUGCGCAACCGCAUGACCGGCCGGAUCUUCUUCCUGCGCUAUCCGGACCUCUACGACUUCAUGCUGAACAAGCUAAAAGAAGUGACCAAGCAGGACAACGAAGAGUUGCUGCACCCCUCCCUGUAUCCGAUCCUGCUGCUGCUCGCGCGCCUCUACCCCUCCUCGCUGGAGGGAACUGUCUCCAACUUGAAGCUGUCGACGUUCGUGCCGCUCGUGGUGCGCUGCGCCGGCUCGCGGGUGCUGCUCGCGCGCCGCCUGGCCGCCAGCGCCGUGCUGCCGCUCGUGGCGCCCACGGCAUACAUUUCCCAUAUAGAGAGCAUGCUCGAGUUGCUGUGUAAUAAGGACAUCAAGAGGAACUACUGCCACGGCAUUCUGUUGCAGGUUUUGAAAUUGCUCGAUAACCGUCCGGAAAACUUAGUGAUCGACAGUGAAACACAAAGCCGCUGGGCGGACGCUGUGCUGCGCUGCGCGUGGCUGCUGCGAGCGGGCGCGCGCCGGCUCUGCUACCCGCUCGCCGACGAGUACCUCAAGCUGCUCAACGUGCUCCUGCGACGGUUUCCUUCGCUCCUCGACAAGCAUAUACACAACAUCCUACAGUAUGUAAAAGACUUGCUAUUUAAGUACGACGAGUCGCAAGUGGACCCCGGCAGGCAGAUGUGUAUGUCGCACGCCGCCUACCUGUGCACGAUCGUGCUGUGCACGUACGGCACGUACGACACGAUCCCCGACACGUGUCGGUUCGUGCACGACUGCUUCACGCACAACGUGUACGAGGUCGUGUUGGCCGGCAUCGACUGCUUGCUCAUCGGCUACAACGAGUUGGACAUAGAAAACGAAUUCCAACAACAUCUAGCCGAACUGUCGCACGGAGACCCCAAAGAUGCGGACCAGGACCCGACGCACCUACGUUGGACCAUAGAGCGGUUUCGAAAAGACUCCGAACACAUACACGUGUUGAGGGACUUGUAUUUCACAGUUCACGCGUUCGCGAACAACGAGAGCAAAUACGUGGAGUGGAGUCAGAAAUGCUUGAAACUGAUAGCUCUGGAGGCCGACACUCAGAUGAGUCUCAUAAAGGCCAAGGAGAGUGGGAACAAAAACUUCAUAAACGCGAGCAACGAGCAUCUCUGCGCCAGCGAGGUGCUGGUCGACACGCUGGUGCGGUACGUGGAGCAGGAGCGCGAGAGCUUGACGCACGUGUUCCUGUUGAGCCUGUGCAAGUACGUGACGCACAGGGCGGGGCACAGCGACUUCAACAGUGCGAGCAUGUCGUCCGUGCUGCGGGUCGUGUUCGCGUGCAGCCUGCCCGACAACGGCAGCCAAACGAGAGAAGUCGUCUUACAGUUCCUCGAGUGCAAUUUGAAAGCGCUCUGGAAGGUGUACUUGGACGGACUGAGUGAGGAGGACCAAUUUGAAUUCAAGGCGUAUCUGUGCGCGACGAUGGCUGUUGCUCUAGAAGACGAGGACGACGAGCUCCGCUCGCGCGCGGCUCGCGUCGUCACGCUGCUGUCACAAGUGACGGAGCCGCGCGUCACGCUGUCACAAGUGUCACAGUGUCGCCAGGUGACGGCGGCGCGCGCCGCGGACUACCUGCUGCAGCUGCUGCAGCGGCAGAGGCACGGCGCGGCGCUGCUGACUGUCAUCGCGAUGCUGGACUUCAAAGCCGAAGUGUGCAUGAAUGACGAAGUUAAUGAUGAGAGCCGAGUGUUCGAUCACAACGAGAGAUACAACGUUAACCUCGAGGAAACUAUAUGGGCGCGCGCGUGUGCGAACGCGAUCCGAUCCACGCGCUGCGGGACACCGGACGUCCACCAAACGGACGCGCCGAACGUCCACAGCGCAGAUACACCGAGUCCCGCGAGUAAUCCAGCGGACGUAUCGAGCGUUCAUCGCGCAGAAGCAUCGAGCGUCCAACACGCGGACCCACAGAAAGUUCACUAUGCAAACGCAGCGUGCGUCCACUGCAUCGUCACUAGCUCAACGUACGUGCGGACGCUAGACGCGCUGUGCGGACACAACUUCACUGCGUACGUUAUGUUGGACGCAGGGCAACGGGACGACGCCGUCGCAAUAAGUCCUAAAGUUCAAUUAUUUUAUGAUACUUUACGGAUCAGUAAGACAGAUUAGGAAAUAAAAAGGAAUUAAAUAUUGGUUUUUAGACAGAUUACUCUAAAAACUGAUAACUAUAAAAGGAUAUUUUUAAUAAUGUUUAUUGUUUUUUUUAUCCCUGUUGUUUUACUUUGCUGUAUAUUUAGGCAAUAGACAUACCUGUUAACCUGUUAAAGUAGUAGAACAGGGACUGAUUUUUGCUUAAUAUUGAAUAAUCAAUAUACUGAUCUACAUCUCUGUCAGUUUCAUCUGACAAAAGUUAGCCAACAAUUCCAAUGGUGGAAUAUUUUAGUAUUAAUUUAUUUAUUUAUAGAUCAAUCGACUAAAAGUCUUUUUCCUACAAAAGGAUCUAACAUAGUGUAUAGACCGCGCUAAACUUUGAGUCCGAUCUGAACACGACGCGUGUGAUUGCGCAGUAUACUAAACAUCCAGCAGAGUUAAUAAUAUCUGUGGGUGUAGUUGACUCAUCAAAUUUAAUAUAAUUUCCCAUAGUACUUGGAAUAAGGGACCGAAAUAUAUAAAUUAAUAAAGUUAAGGAUUCCUUAUAAAAUUUAAUUUAAAAAUUAUGUAUUUUUUCGUCGUCGUCCAUUUUGUGUCAAACGCUCCGUUUGGUGAACAGUUAAAAUAUUCGUCAUUCAUCAUGUCCGACGUUUUGGCUCGAAUUUUCAAAAAAAUAUUUUAAUUUAAGAUCUCAUGUAAUCACGUUUCAAAAUAAAAUGAUAAUUUUUUUUUCAAUUUAGUAGAACAAUAAUCAACAAUUUAAAACCAGUGUCAUCUAGCCUCGGCGUGCUGUCAGAGCGGACUCGAAGAUUAGUGCAUACUAUACAUCUGUAUAUAGAAGUUUUGCUGAGUGGUCCAUAUUAUUAGCACAACACAUUAUUAUACUACAGCCUUUCUUGAUGAGUACUGUCAACUAACAAAGAAAUGAAGGUAGUAAACGCAUGUCAUUCCAUAACUUAUUUAUUUUAAAUUAUGUAUGGUUUAUUUAUAAAAUGUUAUAUAAAAUAUAUUAACAAUAUCUAAUUGUUCUAAGCUUAUUAAUCGAAUUUAUUUUCACUAAUUUAAGAACAAGUUAAUUAUAAUUAUGUGUUAAAUGACUAGAGAUUUAUACCCUUAUUUUUAAUUUGUUUGUUGGUAAACAUUACUCAUUAAGAAAGGCUGUAGUAGAUAUUAAAUUAUCGUUAACUAAUUUUUAGUGCCCAAUGUAUUAGUUAAGUAGUCUUGUACGUGUUGUACUCCUAAAUUGUAAUAUAUAGUUUUAGAGACUUACGGGUUUGUUAUAUUUAAAUAUAUGUCGCACGUUGUCUAGCAUUUUCGUAAUGUGUAAUUAAAAGUAAGCAAAAUUAAUUUAAUUAAUAAUAAAAAUUCUAUUUAUGAAUUAAAAUCUGGUAAACAUGCUACCUCGGACGAUAACAUCAAGCGAGGCACGUCUCUACGUAACGUGCCUCGCUUGAUGUUAACGCUUUAUAUUGGUCCUUAAGUAAUUCGUCUGAGAAUGCUACUGAUAAUAAAUUAGACAGUGUCUAUUUAGAGCGCUGUUUUUCCUAUUUUUAUUCUCAAUCGAUGUUAUGAGCGUUUUUAUAUAUAUAUACCUAUAUAUUUUUUAAUAUUUCAAAUUAUUUAGAUUACUAGUUUUUUUUCAGACGGUUAAUUGAAAAAAAAAAAACGAAAUUAUAUAAAUUCAUUCUCACUCAUUGACAUAUUGCAAAUAUAGGUUGCCUUGUUAAAUUUCGGCCGGAUAGUGUUAAAUGUUUAUUUUUUUAUUAAAUCUAUUUAAUCUACUUUUCUCAUUGGUAAAUUUAAAAAAAAAACCCUACGCUAGUUAAAAGUUCCCUGCUUUCACUGCAACUGUGGGGUUGCCAGAUAUAAGCAGUUGAGUAAUGUUAUUUACAUACCCUCAGCAUUUAUUUAGUCGUCUAAUAGAUAUGUCAAAUGAAAGCUUAUUUUAUGCUUAAUUUAACUGUAUUAAGUUGCCUUUGAUUUAGUUCUUGGUUUCCUAGAUUUUGUAUGAAAAAUGUGUCAGGCCGCAAUUUAUCUCUUUAGUCAUCUAUCCCUCCCCCUCUCUGGAGAUUAAAAAAAAUAGAGCUAAAUGCAAACCAACGUCAAAGUAUUUAGUGUAAUGCGAUACAAAUAGAGACAUCUAAAAUUAUAAAGAGAAAAGAUUUGAUUGUUUGUGUGCAUUGAAUAGGCUCCGAAACUACUAAACUGAUUUGAAAAACUCUUUCACUGUUUGCAAGUUACAGUAGUGUAGUACCCCCGACUGCUAUAUUUUAUCCUCUUAUUCCUAAGGGAACGGAAACUACGCGGGUGAAACUGAGAGGUUCUACUAGUCUCUAAUAUUUUUCUCAUCUUCAAUAUAUGGAAGUUAUGGGAUUUUUGUCAUCCUUUAAAUUGUUU